AUGGCUUUGAAUUCCUCUACCAGCCCAGACCAGGGACUUCAAGACCUGAAUGUGACAGAGUGUAACCACACAGAGGCCUGGGAGUGGGUGUACACCAUACAGCCAGCCUACAUGUCUGUCAUUUGCAUUUUGGGUGUUUUUGGCAACACCUUUGUCCUCUGUGUGUUUUGUUUCCAGAGGAAACAAAGUUCUGUUGCAGACAUCUAUCUGGGGAAUCUGGCCACUGCUGAUCUCCUCAUGCUUUGCUGUUUGCCCUUCUGGGUUGUUACUGUAGUUCACAAAUUCAACUGGUUUUUUGGAGAACCAAUGUGUCAACUGGUCAACAUCAUCAUCGGCAUGAAUUACUAUUGCAGCAUCUUUUUCCUAACACUGGUGAGCUUGGAUCGCUACUUAGUGUUAGCCAGAUCUAUGUUUGUGGGAAGGCAGAGAGGGUCCUCUGCAGCCAAGGUCAUCUGUUCAGCCAUCUGGGUAAUCAGUUUCUUAUUCAGUCUCCCAGCCUUGCUCUUUCGUUCUGUUCGCUUCUUCCCUGACUACGGGGUAGAAGCUUGCUACUUGGAUUACCCUCAUGAGGCCUGGAGGGUUCGUCACAACUUUACUGUCAAUAUUGUGGCAUUUCUAAUCCCACUGUCGCUGGUGUCCUACUGUAGUUAUCACAUUAUUGUAGUCCUCAGAGACAAACAGGUGAGGAGAUCUUCAGCUGUAGGGACCGAGAAGAAGGCUGCACAACUGGUCCUUGUUGUCAUGGCCACCUUUAUCCUGUGUUGGCUACCUUACCAGACAGUCACCUUCUUUGACACACUUUAUUUUUACAAUGUCAUUUCUGGAUGUCUCUGGGGUCAUGGAUUGGACAUAGGCACCCAACUGACCACUUACCUUGGCUGGAGCAACAGUACACUGAAUCCCUUUCUUUAUGUGAUAGUGGGGAAGCAGUUUAGACAAAGGGCUAAAGAAUUAUUUAAACAGGUUCUGAACCGAGAAAAAAGAAAAACCCCUCUUGCAAGUGUCAGGUACACAGAGUGCACCAGGGUGUAA